AUGACCGCAGGCACUAAACGAAAGGUCGACACCACGACGGUUAGCAGAAAGCGCCAGAAGACAAUACAGCAUCGCCAACGAAGGGGGAACGUUCAACAGACCAGGAUCCAUCGCGAUGCAGUGCCGGAAGCCGAGGAGCUUGAUGUCGUAGCACAGAACCAUGUAUUCAGGUUUAUGGACCUACCAGGAGAACUACGUAAUCGCAUCUACGAAUUCGCGAUUGAAACAAGUCAGCGGACCUUUCCCCUCACACACCUCAAGCCCAAGAAGACCAGGGGUAAAAAGCCAGAGGAUCCCCGGCCGUCUGUAAGGCCUCUACCCUACAUCGGACUGACACAAGUGUGCACCACCAUCCGGAAGGAAUUUCGUCCUCUCUGGCUAUCAACCCACCGCUUCCCCCUCUUCGUCCUAGACGACUAUCUCAAAGUCUUCUUUCCAACACCGCUUCGAGCCUCACAGGCAAGCGACGAGGUGCGCAAGCGCAUCAAGAGUUACUACAACCCCGCAGGUACCUUGCGCCUGAAUCUCGACCACAGCUCAAAGGAGGAGAUGGAUAUACACAAACUGCUCUUGUUCCAGUUGCGAUUUCCCGAUUACACCCUCACGCCUACCGCAUGGAGUGGCCUGAGUGGCCCUCCGAACGCAGCAAUGCUUGUCGUCUCCGCCGUGCUCAACAAUAAAACACCAAAGUGGAUCUUGUGGCUCAAGCGACGUGUUAUCACUCAGGUCCGGCUCGGCGUGAAUCAUAUGACAAUGUAUAUCUGGCAUGUGCGCAUCACGGUGAAGGCGAGCCAUUUUCCGGGCUGGAAGCAGAGUUGUUAUGGGGUUGUGAAGGACCAUGAUGAGUUUAUCGAGGGUCUGGGACUGGGUGGUUUGGGGUGUGAUGUUCGUCUUGGCGUUGUGUAUUGA